AUGCUUCUACCAUUAAAUGGUCUCAUUAAUCGAUCCGUGGAAGGAAAUCUACUAGCUCAUCUCAGUUGGCGCAACGCAACACGUGAAUCGGAAGAUCGUUUGAACAAUGCAUUUCCGGUCAUAUGUCUGAUACACAAUCCGGAGUUGAAGUCUCAUGGAUCCAUUUCCUUUACUCGAUCGAUUUCUUAUCGAGAUUUGCCAUCCGGGUUAAUUGAGAUUGUUUGCAAUUGUCCGACACUUCACGUGCGUGCAAACCCAGUGCAAAAACUCAUCGUGGGACAGUAUAAAGAUCGAGUGGUACGGCCAGUGACGAACGAAUUUCUGGCCCUGGAAACUUUGUCAAAUGAAUUUAAUGCAUCUAUUGGGGCCACGAGCGAAACGGUUCGUAGCCUUGACCACUGUAAACGACCCAAAUUGGAAGUCUCUUGGGAACGGUUUACCUUGAGAAUUCACGUUGAAAAAUGGGACCAAACAAUGUCUGAGUAUGAAAUUUGUCCUGAUGAAGAACCUGGCAGAACCUUUGAGUUUCACGCAAAAGAACUGUACUUGGGCGUAAAACCGGAGCAAUCGUUUUACUUGUUCAACCAGAAUCCCUCUGUUACCCUGUUCCUGACAAAAAAUCACAGCACCCCGUAUGAGCAAUCCCUGUUGGAUCGCAUAGAUGGGAAUUGGAAGGUACUCAAUGCGAAAGGACGGGUCAUUCCUUUCGUCAUUGACAAAGACUCGUCACUUUCUAUUUACAACUUUGUGAGCUUCGCAGUACCGUCUAAGGAACUGGUACCUGGUGAAUUCUUUUAUGAAUAUAAUCCUCUAAAAGGAUUUGCCACAUUUAAUCGCAAGCUGACAAUUGUAUCUUCGGAAAGCAUAACAUUAAUGGUUAAUGGAUUGAACAAAAAGUUUCAUGUUUCUGGCGGUACGCAUAUAUACACUUGUCUACUGGAAGGCGUGAAUUUGAUCGCAAUCAGUCAAGAGCGCUAUAAACCACGGUGGAAAAGCCUAAUUCCGGACAAACAAGUAGUGCAGAACAAAAAUGCGAUCCGCGUAACACCGGAUUCCGAACUGGGGCUAUACGAUUAUCGUUGUUAUUACAAAAAGAAUGGUUUGAAUCUCUUUGAAGAUGUGGUUUUUUCUAUUGUUAAAAGAGAAUCGAUUCGGUUGAGCUUAACAUUUUCUGGCAGUCCUUCACUUGUGCACGAUGUGUCUAAAGGUCCGCUAUUUGUACGAUGUGAAAGCAGUCAUCUGAGAACCACUUCAGUCAAUGGACCACUCUGGCGUUCAUUGGACGGGAAAAGCAAAUUCGUCUCCUACGAUCAUUCAGAUUACAUAUCCAGCAAAACAGACAUGUUUGUAUUGUCAAUGUCUAGUGGUUUGAGUACAUUCCAGUGUACCGAGGUGAUUGAAAACACUUGCACUUCACGUCUGGUGAUAUUCCUGAGAACAAAAGUGUCGAUCAAUUUAACUCUGGAACCAAAUAAACCGUACUUCAAACCAAACGAAACAGUUACUUGUGUGUCCAAAUCAGAAUUGCCGGCCAGUUUGAGUAGACCCCUCUUGUCUCUGUUGGAUGCUCCUGCUUUCCUCCAAUUCGACAUCGUGGACAGUUUCACGUUUCCCAGUUAUUUCCCUGGCGGACGUCAUCGCUAUGAAUGUACUCUUUUCUUGCCAGAGGAUGAACCGAUAGUAUAUGCGAAAUACUUUGAUUUUUUCGCUUUUAAGGAUGGGGACACGCGAACUUUCCUGGAGGAUUCGGACACCCCGGUCAACCGCCAGAAGUCAUCACGGCGCUUCUGGACGGCGCAACUUGCAGUGACCAUAAACCCUCUGUCCCACGUUAAAGCUUUACGCUACCUACUGGAUGAAGUGCCCCCGAGCACUGCGUGA